AUGUGUGGCGGUGCUAUACUCGCCGAUCUCAUCCCUCGCAACCGCGGCCUUCGUGUCACCGCCUCCGACAUAUGGCCCAAUUCUCCCUUCGCUAAGCUCGAUCCCGACAAUUUCUUCGACUCCAAUCCCAGCCCACUCACUCGUACCGACUCAUCCCCACGCAAAAGAGCCCAGCCCACUUCAGGUAACUGGCAAGAAGAGAAGCCCCCCAAGAGGGCGAGGAAGAACCUCUACCGAGGCAUCAGGCAGCGUCCGUGGGGCAAAUGGGCCGCGGAGAUUCGUGAUCCCAGAAAAGGGGUUCGAGUUUGGCUUGGUACGUUCAACACCCCUGAAGAGGCAGCCAGAGCUUACGAUAGGGAGGCUCGCAAAAUCCGCGGUAAGAAAGCCAAGGUCAAUUUCCCUAACGAAGACGACGACAUUCCCACCCAAACCUAUCUGAGAAACCCCCAUGCUCCUCCUCUGUUUCAAACCAGUAGCGAGAAUUUGAGUAAUAGUCAUAUGCCAAAAAGCUUUAAUUUGGGAUUUGGCUAUGAUCUAAACCAGAUUGCAACAAUUUCCUCCAAUUCCAAUUCCAAUUCCAAGGGGUUGAACUCCAUGAAUCUUGUGAACACAGACCCAACUGUUAUUUCCGGGGAAGAAAACUCCGGGUCUGGUUCAGAUGGCGCUUACUCUUCGACGGCGGGGCUACUGGGUUGCAAUCAGAAUGGGAGCAGCUGUUGUUAUGGUGAAGCUGAGGUGAAAGAGGCAGAGGAAACGAAAGAAGGGAUAUUGAAUAAGGAUGCGAUUGCAAUGAUGGAAGAGAACGAAGUGCAAAAGCUUUCUGAGGAACUAAUGGCGUACGAGAACAUGAUGAAAUUCUAUCAGAUUCCCUAUCUGGACGGGCAGUCCACAGCUACCCAGCAUCCUCCAGCUCAGGAAGGCAUGGUUGGUGAUCUCUGGAGCUUCGAUGACGAAGGCGUUUCUGCUCUGUAA